GGACACAGAGAAUGACGAGGAAGUUCUCUGUGAAUACAGAAUACAGUUUGGGCAGUAUAAAGGCAAAAGUUUCAAGUGGCUUAUGGAGAAUGAUUUAUUUUAUGUURUGUACGUUGCUGCAAGCAGUACUCUGCCAGGGGAGGUUGAAAAGCAAAAGAAUGAGAGCAGUGACAAAAUAAAGAACAGGAUGGCUCUCACAAAGUAUGCUUCAUACUUCAGCGAGGUCCAAACAGCAAUUGAACGGAAGAGAGAGACAUUACUGAGAGAGCAGAAGACACCAACUCCAACCCAAACAAAGCCAGCUUUAUCUUCGUCACUCGCUGCUCGUCUAGCAUCUGCAUCAGUUACUCCUGAGAGAUUUGUAGCAAAGUAUAAAUCAGCUACAUGCACUACCACAGUGAGGCCUAAUCUUCCUACUGUGCCAAAGACCCAAACUUCAUCAGCUACAACCACAGCUACAAGUACACAAGUCAAAGCUGAUGCAAGGGACGACGAUCAAGAACUCUGUCUCUUGGCUGAACAAAUUGAGGAGAAUCUAUUGCAGUCAGUAGAUCAGCCAAAACCAAAGAAAACAGCAAAUAAGUCCACACAAACUCCAAAGGCAGCUGACAGUGAUACUUCUGAUACGGCUCAAGCUUCUAAUUACACAACAGAAGAUUGCCCCCUCUUUGAUGGCUGGCGUCAGACACUUCCAAAGGCUGAUCAUCUUUGGAUAUCAAAAGCCUUAUUCAAGCGUAAUUCCAAAGGCAAGGCCGAACUGGACUAUAGCAGGUAAAUGUUCAAGUUACAUUCAAUGA